AGUGUGUCGGAUUGGUGGCUCCAGCCAGCAGGUCUCUUGGAGUUCCUGGGAGAGGUCUCAGUCCCAUGAAUCCCUUUGGGGCUGUUUUGCCUGUAGGGAAGUUCAACAAGCUGGGAGCCCUCCCUUCUUUCUUAAGACCACUCAUCAUUCCUUCCCACAUGUUGUCCCUGCAGGGGUGAUCCGGACAAGUGUGACAUCUGGGGCAACACACCUCUGCAUCUGGCAGCUUCCAAUGGCCACCUGCACUGCCUGUCUUUCCUGGUGUCCUUUGGGGCCAACAUCUGGUGCCUGGACAAUGACUAUCACACGCCUCUGGACAUGGCCGCCAUGAAGGGCCACAUGGAGUGCGUGCGCUACCUGGAUUCCAUCGCUGCCAAGCAGAGCAGCCUCAACCCCAAGCUGGUGGGCAAGCUGAAGGACAAAGCCUUUCGCGAGGCUGAGCGGCGCAUCCGCGAGUGCGCCAAGAUGCAACGCAAACACCACGAGCGCAUGGAGCGGCGCUACCGGCGCGAGCUGGCCGAGCGCUCCGACACGCUCAGCUUCUCCAGCCUCACGUCCAGCACCCUGAGCCGCCGGCUGCAGCACCUGACUCUGGGCAGCCACCUGCCCUACUCGCAGGCCACGUUGCAUGGCACCGCCAAGAGCAAGACCAAGAUCCAGAAGAAGCUGGAGCGGCGCAAGCAGGGCGGCGAGGGCACCUUCAAGGUCUCCGAGGACGGUCGCAAAAGCGUCCGCUCGCUCUCCGGCCUGCAACUGGGCAGCGACGUGAUGUUUGUGCGCCAGGGCACCUACGCCAACCCCAAGGAGUGGGGCCGUGCCCCACUCCGGGACAUGUUCCUCUCGGAUGAGGACAGCGUCUCCCGUGCCACGCUGGCGGCCGAGCCUGCCCACUCGGAGGUCAGCACAGACUCAGGUCACGACUCUCUGUUUACCCGCCCAGGUCUGGGCACCAUGGUGUUCCGCAGGAACUACUUGAGCAGUGGGCUGCAUGGGCUGGGCCGGGAGGAUGGGGGCCUGGAUGGGGCGGGCACACCGCGGGGUCGGCUGCAGAGCUCCCCCAGCCUGGACGACGACAGCCUGGGCAGUGCCAACAGCCUGCAGGACCGCAGCUGCGGGGAGGAGCUGCCCUGGGAUGAGCUGGACUUAGGGCUAGAUGAGGAUCUGGAGCCUGAGACCAGCCCGCUGGAGACUUUCCUGGCCUCACUGCACAUGGAGGACUUUGCUGCCCUCCUGAGACAGGAGAAGAUCGACUUGGAGGCGCUGAUGCUGUGCUCUGACCUCGACCUCCGCAGCAUCAGCGUUCCCUUAGGGCCCCGCAAGAAGAUCAUGGGGGCCGUGAGGAGGCGGAGGCAAGCACUGGAGCGCCCACCCGCCCUGGAGGACACAGAGUUAUAACAGGGGCUCCUCUCCCCAGACCAAAAUGAAUUGCAAGUUGCCACAACACAAGGUGAGGCCAUGAGGUCCUCAUAAUUGCCAGCCCUGCAGCCCCUUUCCCAGGAGCAAGGACCAUCUCCCUGGACAGCCUGUGCAGGGAGGGUACAGCCUGAGGGCACCCAGAGGGACACCUGAGCAUCCUGGAGUCCCUGAACCACCCCAUCUAAGAAACCUUGAAGAAUGAGUGGAUUUGUGGAAGGCCAGCCCCAGAGGAAGGGCAGGAGCCUCUUGCCCUGGGGACCAGACAACACUGGAGCUGGAUGGGAAGCAGGGCAAGGGAGAGGCCCAGACUGUCUCAGGCACACUGUGUCUCCUGCCUCUCUCCCCUGCCCUCCUCUGCGGGUCUUGCUCUCUCAGGCUGGAGACUUGCUCACCUCCUACUUUCUGUGAAGGGAAGAGUUUGGGCCUCCUCUCCCCUAUACACUCCAGAGGGGAGGCUUCCCAGCCAGACUCUUCAGCCAAAUAUCCUGUCUUUCAGUUCCUACCACCUCCAUACACAUGGAAGACCAGCCCACUACCCUUCACCCACUGGUUAUGGCUGGAACUGAAGAGUGACCUGGGGUGGGCUAGCACCCUUCCCAGCUCACCUUGUGGGAGUCCAGCCUGUCCUCCUUCAGCCUCCCCAGGGUCCCAGAAGGCCAGGACACAAGAUGCAAGGUGCUAGAGCAGCAGUCUGCAUUGUUACAGUCCCCAGGGCUGGCAGGCACAGUUGGUUGAAAAUGGUAUCUACCAACUGCCCAGUUUCCCAGGCCCAGACAGGUGGGGGCUGGGCACAGCUGGGUGUUAGGCCUAGUGUAGAGAAGCCCUGUGAGGAAGACACUGGAUACUUGAAGAUGUGGAUAAUCUAAACUGCUAGUUGUGACCAGGCCCUUAGGGCUGUGUGUGCAUGUAUGCAAGUGCACAUGUGUGUAUCUUUGUUGUGUUGGUGUCUGGAAGGGCCUGGAUUGCUAUGUGCUUCUGCAUGGAUUGGGGGUGGAUAAAGGAGAGAGAGACAGAGAGGAAGAUGCAGUGAGAGAGAGAGAAAGACAGAGAGACAGAAAGAGAGAGAAAGAGAGACAGACAGACAUUGGAUUAUUGUGUGUCCCAGCUCUGUGAUGGUGUUAAGACCAGGAGAAAGGUUAGCCUAGAGGGUGGGUCCUCAGAGUAUGUCCUCAGAACUCCCACAAGACUAAGGUCACAAAGGUGGAAGAGUCCCUCAGGAGGCCCCCACAUGUGUGUACCCCAAGCAGACAUACCUUUCUUGUCUGCAGUGGACCCCCAUCCCUGACCCCAGUUUGGGAAGCAGCCUCACUAGAGCAUGGCCACAGCCCCCAGCUCCUUCCCUGGGCCCCCUUCACUGAAAAGGGGAAAGAGCCCCCCAAAAACCUCUUCCAGGUCUGUGUGAGGGUCCCAUCCACACACAUGCCCAGAGUUGGGAUGUGAAGGAGGUGGUCCACUUCCCACCAGAGGACCCUGGGGGCCUGGCUACCUGCCAUGGCCACCCUUGAGCCUAUCCCAGCCCUUCUCUCUAUCCUCUGAGCUUGAGCCUGGGGCUCCAAGUGCCGAUUCGUCCUUCUCCUGGCCCCAGGUGCUGCCUUUCCUGUCCGUUCCCUGUCUGUUUAAACACCUCAGUCCCUCCUGGUUCUCCUUGGGCCAAGGUAGGCCAGCCUCUGCGACUCCCACCACUGUACAUGAACUCUUCCCUCAGGCUCAUUAAAACUUUUGUAAAGAAUGUUCUACAUCAUGUCAUGCCUAUACCCUGUUCUUCAGUCAUUUAGGGGGUGGCGGGGACAGGGUAAAGAGCAUGAGCAGGCAGGGGUGGGGGAAGGUCUUCUCCCUUGUCGGGGUCCUGGAGCUCUCCUACACAUGCCUGCAGGGAUCACCUCCUGCAUGCCUGGGCACUUGCCCUGCUAUGCUUGAGCCCAGAAUUAGGAGCUGGUGGAGACAGGGUUAAGAAGAAGGCUCAGAGCCCCCAGCAGCUGAGCAAACAUCAGCUGAGCUGAAUCAGGCUCUAGCCCUGAUUCUAAAGCUUGCAGCUGCUAAGGGCAAGAUAGGCUGGCUUGGGCUUUUCUAGAAAUGUUCAGAAGCUAUAUGCCAGGAGACUACCACCUGUCACCCAGGCUGUGGGCCUUCUCACUCCUGGGAAGCCUCCAGUGGUGCCUCCAUUUCCCUUACCACCCAACUUAGCUCGCGGGGUGCCUGUAUAGAGCCUCAUUUUUACCAGUGGUAGAUCUCCCCUUUAAGUGGGUGCACAGUUGGAUCUGCUAUCUCAGCCAAGUCUGGGAUAUCUUGUUCCCUUUUCUAAGGAGAACUCAAAAUAGUCCCCUCCCCCCAGCAUCAAUCAGAAAGGUCCAAGCGAUGUCAGUGCCGAAAACUGACAUCUCAGCCACCUCCUUGCACUUUACAGAUCUGAAAAACUGAGACCCACAGAGGGGAAGAGCCAGAUUGCUGACAGGUCUCCCACCUACUGCCAUGCAUUCUUUAUACCCAGGCCUCCAAGGGGGCCUAGACACAAUUCUACCCACCCCACCCCCUGUCCCUGCGACCCCUGCUGGCCAUCUUGGUCAUUGCACCUACCUCCUGAAAGAUCUGAAGGCGCUGGCUGUGACUGUCCAGGGGAAAACAUGAGGGUUGAGGAGGACUCUAAGGACAAGAUGGAACAGAUUGGAGCUUUGGUGUCCAGGUGGAGACAAACCAGAUGCAGGGAGGACAAGAGGCCUCCAUGGGUCGAUGUGGUUCGAGCGUGGAAGGGAUCUUAAAACACAAAGGGAAGCAUUUUAUACUCAACGUUCUUGACUUGGGAUUCAACUUUCAUGGCUCAUUCCCAUAAAAAUUUAGAUCAAGGUCAGGAAAGUGCUGGAAGUUUAGA